AGUGAUACAGGCGGCUAACUUGCCAAAAUGAGCAGAAUUGAAUUUAACGUUACAUUUAACAAAUACACGAUUUUUUUUUUCAACGUAUCCAAGUCAAGCGGCUGCGUGAUUAAACUCGUCAGGUUAGCAUGAUGCUAAUGAUGAAUAAACGGAAGAAAACAAGGAAGCAUUGAAUGUUGUAGUUUGAAGUUUGGCUUCGAAAAUCAGUCGAACUAAAGCCAUUUUUGCUGUCGUCAACACAUUCUACUGACGUACACAGUCCCACAGGAAAUCCACAAUGGGCCAACGAAGGAGAGGGGCAGCUUUAAAUGCGUCAUCACAAACUAAAUGUGGAACUCCUGCUGAGGUUUCCGGCCGAAAGCACAACAUUUGUAUGGUCUCUGACUUCUUCUAUCCCAAUAUGGGAGGAGUAGAAAGCCACAUUUAUCAGCUGUCCCAGUGCCUGAUUGAAAAAGGACACAAGGUGAUAAUCAUCACCCACGCCUAUGGCAGGAGGAAAGGUAUCAGGUACCUAACAAAUGGACUGAAGGUGUACUACCUGCCCCUGCAGGUGAUGUAUAAUCAGUCCACAGCUACCACCUGCUUCCACAGUCUCCCACUUCUACGCUGUGUGUUCAUUAGGGAACGCAUCACUGUGGUGCAUGCACACAGCUCGUUCUCUGCCAUGGCCCAUGAUGCACUGUUCCACGCUAAGACCAUGGGCCUUAAUACGGUGUUCACUGACCACUCACUCUUCGGCUUUGCUGAUGUCAGCUCUGUGCUGACCAACAAACUUCUGACUGUGUCGCUGUGUGAUACCAACCACAUUGUAUGUGUCUCAUACACCAGCAAGGAGAACACUGUCCUCCGUGCAACACUCAACCCAGAGAUAGUGUCUGUUAUCCCCAAUGCUGUUGACCCAACAGACUUCACCCCUGACCCCUCCCAACGCCAAGAUGACAGGAUCACUAUUGUUGUAAUCAGUCGCCUUGUCUAUCGCAAAGGAAUUGAUCUUCUUGGUGGAAUAAUCCCAGAACUAUGUCUCAAACAUCCAGAUUUACAUUUCCUCAUUGGGGGUGAAGGACCAAAGAGAAUUGUUUUAGAGGAAGUGAGAGAGAAAUAUCAGCUACAUGACAGGGUUCGUCUACUGGGAGCUCUCGAGCACAAAGAUGUACGUGGAGUUCUGGUGCAGGGUCACAUAUUCCUCAACACAUCUCUGACUGAAGCUUUCUGCAUGGCCAUUGUAGAGGGGGCCAGCUGUGGACUGCAGGUGGUCAGUACUCGUGUAGGAGGCAUUCCUGAGGUGUUACCUGAAGACCUGAUCACUCUAUGUGAGCCCACUGUGCGGUCGUUAUGUGCUGGUCUGGAAGCAGUUAUCGUCCGGCAGCGUUCAGGUUCUGUUCCUUCACCUGCUUCCAUUCAUGCACGUGUACGAAACCUUUACACCUGGAGAAAUGUUGCAGAGCGGACAGAAAAGGUCUACGAAAGGGUUGCCGGAGAGGAGGUGCUUCCCCUGGACAGACGGCUACGGAGGCUGAGGGCCCACUGUGGGCCUGUGGCAGGCUCCAUUUUUGCAUUUGUAGCUGUUUUAGACUUCCUCUUCCUGCUGCUGCUGCAGUGGCUGGUACCAGAUCAGGUCAUGGAUGUUGCUGUUGAUGCCACAGGUCCUUGUGGAUUGUGGACACAGACACCUAACAGUAAAGAAGAAAUACAUGCUGCAAGUGCCAUGAGGGGAUCAUCUGGAACACAAAGCUCUUUAUAAUGAACACCCCAUGGGUCUGUUUCAUUUUCAGCUGCUCACAUGGUAUAUUUAUUUUUGAUAGUGCAAACUGACAACAUUUUGAUUAAAGUCAAUGUGUUCAUAGAAUUCACAAAUAUUGUUUACAUUGCUGACCAAAAGGGACCUUGAGGAAAUGAAAAAAAUGUAAAUUAUGCAACUCAUUGGAGCUUUGAAAAGCACUUUUUAUUUGUAACAUGCAGUAUGAUUUGUACAAGGGCCAAAGGAAACGAUAACCUACAUUUUUAAGUCAUUUUCCAGUAUUCUGAAUUAUACAACAGAAAAUGCUACACAGACUCAUCCUGUGGGACUUCUUUUGUCAACAAAUAUCCCCUAGAAAUAUUUAAUUUAUUUUGGAGUAAGGGACCUCACUAAUCAGGCUUUAUAAAGUACUUGAAUGUUGUUUUUGCCUGUCAUUUUUGACAGUGACAUAAUCUACCAUUGCUUUCAGCUCUAUGUUGCACAUGGGAGAGAAUAAAGGGCAGUUUUAGCGCUACAUUUAACAGUUGCCCUACACUGGAAAACAACACAGCAGGAACCUAUGUUCAUGUAUUUGCAUGUUAUUUAUGUUUUCUGAGUUCUGCUAUUGUGAAUCUGUGCAUUAAUGUAAAAUGUUUCCUUUUAAAGCUUUGACACCACUCCUAUAUUUUAUGAUUUAAAAAUAUUUUCUGAAAUGUUAAAUGUUUCUACUAAGUCUUUGGAGUGUCUGUAAAUGAUUGUGGAAUUUCCUGACAAGGACAAAUGUUGGCAAAUGACAUGUAUUUUCUAAUACUUUCAUGUCGCUUUAUUCAUAUUGUCUAAAAGUUCUGUUUGAUGAUCAUGAAUCCAAUAAAAUAGUAUUGGAGGAGCUCACA